AUGGCGCCUGCUGCUGGAGCUAAGAAGCAAAAGAAGAAGUGGUCCAAGGGCAAGGUCAAGGACAAGGCCCAGCACACCGUUCUCCUCGACAAGGCCACCUCUGAGAAGCUCUACAAGGACGUCCAGUCCUACCGUCUGGUUACCGUCGCUGUUCUCGUCGACAGAAUGAAAGUCAACGGCUCUCUGGCCCGACAGUGCCUCCGCGACCUGGAAGAGAAGGGUCUCAUCAAGCCAGUCGUUACCCACAGCAAAAUGAAGAUUUACACCCGUGCCAUUGGUGAUGCCUAA